AUGCGUAGAUUGUUGCUGCUUCUGGCGCCCCUUGUGGGUGCUGCACUGAUCGACACCCGCUCCAGUCAUCUCGAAAAUUGUUCUGGUUACAAAGCAAUGAAUAUCCGUGAGCAGGGUCAGUCUUUGACGGCUGAUCUUGUCCUUGCGGGAGACCACUGUGAUGUUUAUGGCACGGAUUUGGAGAACCUGAAGCUUCUCGUGGAAUAUCAGACCGACGAUCGUCUGCACGUUCUCAUCUCAGACCGAGACGAGGAAGUCUACCAGGUGCCCACCUCGGUGGUGCCUCGCCCUGACGCCACCAGCCACCAUGGCAGCAACCCCAACAUCCGUUUCGAUUUCGAGGCUGAGCCUUUCUCCUUCCGUGUCCUUCGUGGAGAUGAAGUGCUCUUCGACACCUCGGAGACUAGCUUGGUCUUUGAAACCCAGUACCUGAGACUGCGCACAUGGCUACCAAAGAACCCGUACUUAUAUGGGUUAGGUGAGCACAGCGAUCCCUUGCGUCUCCCAAUCAAAAACUACACCCGCACUCUCUGGAGCCGUGACGCGUACGGAAUCCCCGAGAAUACCAAUUUGUACGGCAAUCACCCAAUUUAUGUGGACCACCGUGGUGCUGAAGGCACCCACGGUGUGUUCUUCCUCAACUCCAAUGGUAUGGACAUCAAGGUUGAUCAAACCGAUGAUGGACGUCAAUUCUUAGAGUACAACACUAUCGGUGGUGUCGUUGAUCUCUACUUCCUCGCUGGUCCCUCUCCCAAGGAGGUGGCCAAACAGUACUCGGAGAUUGUUGGACUCCCUGCUAUGCAGGCCUACUGGACUUUUGGUUUCCACAAUUGCCGUUAUGGACAUCGUGAUGUGUACGAUGUCGCCGAGGCCGUCUCCAACUACAGUCAUGCGCACAUUCCCCUGGAGACUAUGUGGACCGACAUUGACUACAUGGAUCGACGCCGGGUCUUCACCCUUGACCCUGAGCGCUUCCCUCUCGAGAAGAUGCGCGAGCUCGUUGACUACCUGCACAAGCAUGAUCAGCAUUACAUUGUAAUGGUUGAUCCUGCCGUUAGCGACAACAAUGGCGCAGCGAACCGAGGCAAGGGGCAGAACGUCUUCCUGAAACGCGGAGGAGAAUGGUAUCAAGGCGCUGUCUGGCCCGGAGUCACGGUCUUCCCUGACUGGUUUGCACCCACUACUCAAGACUGGUGGGAUGGCGAGUUUGCUCGAUUUUUCAACCCCGAUACCGGCGUCGAUAUCGAUGGCCUGUGGAUUGAUAUGAACGAAGCUUCCAACUUCUGUCCAUGGCCCUGUCAGGACCCGGCCGCCUACUCUGUGGAAAACGAUCUGCCUCCUGCCGCUCCUGAUGUUCGCCCGUCUUCGCCUCGUCCUUUGCCCGGCUUCCCUGCCGAUUUCCAGCCUGGAAAAUCGUCGGGCAAGGUACGUCGUACCGCGGGCAACAAGGCGGGCUUGCCCAAUCGAGAGCUGGUUUCUCCACCAUACCAGAUUGCAAAUGCGGCUGGGUCUCUGAGCAACAAGACUAUCGACACCGACCUCAUUCACCAAGGCGAGGAUGCAUACGCAGAGUAUGAUACUCACAACCUCUAUGGCACCAUGAUGAGCUCUGCCUCUCGUCAUGCUAUGAGCGAGCGUCGACCUUCUGUUCGACCUCUGAUCAUCACUCGAAGCACUUUUGCAGGUGCCGGAGCUCAUGUCGGUCACUGGCUGGGAGAUAAUCUGAGCGAGUGGGGCAAGUAUCGCACGUCAAUCAGACAGAUGCUGGCAUUUGCCGCCAUCUUCCAAAUCCCCAUGGUAGGAUCUGAUAUCUGUGGUUUCGGCGGCAACACGACCGAGGAGCUUUGCGCUCGCUGGGCCACACUGGGUGCUUUCAACCCAUUCUACCGUAAUCACAACAGUAUCGACUCGAUUCCCCAAGAAUUCUAUCGCUGGCCCACUGUUGCGGAUGCUGCUCGCAGGGCCAUCGCCAUCCGUUACCGUCUUCUCGACUACCUGUACACGGCGUUCCACCGCCAGACGCAGACCGGCGAGCCCUUCCUGCAGCCCAUGUUCUACGUCUACCCGGACGACAGCAAGUCUUUUGCUAACGAGGCGCAAUUCUUCUACGGUGAUUCCCUGCUCGUCUCUCCCGUCCAGGAUGUCGGAGAGACCUCUGUCGACGCGUACCUACCCAAGGAUCUCUUCUACGACUGGUACACCGGCGCAAAGGUCCAAGGUAAGGGUGCUAACAAGACGCUCACGAAUGUCGGCGUCACCGAAAUUCCCAUCCACAUCCGCGGUGGCAGCAUUAUCCCUCUGCGCGCCGAGAGCGCCAUGACCACCAAGGAGCUACGUCGUCGAGGCUUCGAGAUCCUGGUCGCCCCCAACAAGAAGGGUUAUGCUUCGGGCUCACUGUACCUCGAUGAUGGCGAGUCCCUGGAAGUCGAGAACAGCAGCGAGAUUCAAUUUGAAUACAACAAGGGUCGCCUUUCUAUCCGUGGUCUCUUUGGCUACCACCCCAAUGUGGCUAUCGAAGCGAUCACGAUCUUGGGACAGGAUCGUCCUCGGAAGCAGGCACGCGGAGUGGAUUAUGAUGCGGCUCGACAGAGCGUCACCAAGAAAGUGAAUGUGAGUCUGAGCGGACCUGCGGAGAUCGAUGUCUAA